CACUUUUCACCACGUCUUCUGUUUCACCCGAACUUUAUUACGGACACGCACAAGAGAGCACAUCGUGCUGAAUAGUUAUCUGAUGCUGUAGAUUGAAUUUGGCACAGAUGUCUGGAAGCUGUAUUGACUCAGAAAGAGAAACUGGGGUUGUGUUGGGCUUUUUAGAGGAGGCAGAGCCUUGGCAGCUCGCUAGCGCUCAGUUUCCCAGUAAAGUCGGCGGGAGGCCCGCCUGGCUGAGCCAGCUGAAUUUACCAAGCGUCGCCGAGCUCGUGUGUGAGAAAUGCCAGCUUCCGACAGUAUUUCUUUUACAGGUUUAUGCUCCUAUUGUCGGACAAGAGCGGAGUUUUCACAGGACACUGUAUGUAUUCUGCUGCAAGACACCUGCGUGCUACACUGCAAACGACAACCGGUGUUGUAAAGUGUAUAGAAGCCAGUUACCAAGGAAAAAUGACUUCUACCCAUAUGACCCUCCCCCUGAUGAAGAGCCAGCCACCAGUGCAGAUGACAAGCGUGUACUAGGAUCAGGAGUGAAACUGUGCAGGCUAUGUGGCUGUGCCGGACACAAAGCAUGUUCCCGCUGCCACACAGUCACAUACUGCAGCAAAGAGCAUCAGGCCAUAGACUGGAAAAAACAGCACAAGAAAGAAUGCAAUAAUGAAUCAUCCUCUGUUUCUGAUGCUGUAAAUAUGUUUCUGUUUCCUGAGUGGGAGUUGGUAACAGAACCUGAAGAACUCCCAGCAAAGGAUGACAAGCCAUCUUCAGAUUCAUUGGAACAAGCAAAUAUUGUGUCUUCAGUGAUGAUCUCUUCCACAGAUUUGGAGGAGAGCGAGUUAGAGUCCAUGGCCCUCCAUGAAUCACAGGACAGUAAAAUGUUUCAGAAAUUUAAGGAGUGCAUAGCUGCAGAGCCACAUCAGGUCUUACGUUAUCGCAGACAAGGAUCUCCACUUUGGGUGUCAUCUGAACAUGUGCCCAGUAAAGAAGCCAUUCCAAAAUGCCUAUGUGGCACCAACAGAGUCUUUGAAUUUCAGAUCAUGCCUCAGUUGCUUAACCACCUAAAGGUGGACAGGACAGAUGCCAGCAUAGACUGGGGGACACUGGCCAUAUAUACAUGUGCUGCCAGCUGUGACCAAGGCAACAACUAUUCAGCCGAAUUCAUCUGGAAACAAGACUUCUCAGCGGAUCAGACAGUUUAACUUCUACAUAAUAGUAUAUAAUGGUUAUGGCAGUGUUACUUGCCAGUUUUCAAUGUGCUGGAAAGUUAAAAAUAAAUAAAUAAAUGAAUGAAUAAAUAAAUAAAU